UCAUCAUUCAGUAUAUGUUUCUUCUUCUUCUUCUUCCUAAAUACCCCCACCCGCCAACUCCUCCUCUAUCUAUUCUCACUCCCAAUUACACUUUCUGUUGGACCUCUGAAUUCUAAAACACCAAGAUCAGUUUAUAUCAUAUCCACCGCCACCGUCACCGACAUAAUUUGGUUCAUCUUCAAGAACCCUUUAGUGAAUUAUUCACAUGAUCACAUCAGAUCAUACCUGUUCGACGAAAUGCCUCAGUGAGUAAUUUGUUGAGUUCUUGCUAUGAAAUGAAAGCAAUACACCUCUGUUCUUUUGGCGUGGAAAUAAAAUUUUGUUGAAAACCGACAUCUUUGUUGGUCUGAUGUUUAAAAACUACUAGAUAUGGCAUCGUCAGCGUCGGCGUCUUCAAAUCACAGACGAAAACAUGUUGCAAGCGAAUCUAUGGAAAUGGAGGAAAUUGUUAAACACAUGUCGAAUUUGCCGAGUUAUUUAGAGAGAGGAAAGCCGAUUCAAGAUAGAGCUUUGAACUUUGGUGUUUUGGACUGGGGGCGUUUAGAGCAAUGGCAAUAUCAUCAUCAUCAUCAUCAUCACAAACAGGGUGUUGUCGGAACCAACAAACAUUCGGCAUCUAGCAGCGUUUUAAGCAGUGGAUCAUCUCUCCUAUCUCAUUUGAACAUGUCUCAUGAGGAGAUUUCCACUAAAGAUGCUCCGGUUAAUCACUCUAGUGAGAAGAAAACUACCAACCAAUCAAGAACGAAAACGACCGAAUCAAGAUCAUCAGUCGAUAUGGGAACUUUUCAAACAGCAUCAUCAUCAUCAUCAUCAUCAUUGUCGUUUUUUUCAAAGGGGAAGAUGAAAAUACAAGAUGAGUUGGAAAAUGAAAUUGGGAAUCUGCAAGAUUCGUCUUACGGACACAACACUGUACUCCUUAACGCUGAAAAAUCUGAAGAAAUCUAUUCAGAUUCGAAUGAAUCAAGUUCUAAAAGAAACGCUAGAAAACACCGGUUUAGAAUGAUCUUUAAGUCUGAAGCGGCUAAACAUCCGAUUUCUCAAAAUCUAACUGAAGAUUCAAAAAAUAAAGAAAAAGUGAAGACGGGUCUCGGAAAUUGUAAGGAAGUCAGAGUUGAUAAUUCAUGUGGGAAUGAAAUGAAUUUGUCAUCAUCAAGAAAACAAGCUCUUUUUCAAGUGGCGGUUAAAAAUGGCCGUCCUUUAUUUACGUUUGCCGUUGAUGAUACAAACAACGAUAUAGUUGCAGCAACGGUAAGAAAUUUAUCCGGGAAAGAUGACACAAACAGUUGGAUCUAUACGUUUUUCACGGUUCAUGAAGUUAAGAAAAAGAAAAGUGGUUGGUUAUACCAUGGUUCUAAAGAUAAAGACCAUGGUUAUCUCCCUAAUGUAACAGCCCAAAUGAAGGUUUCAAAUCCUACUGAUUGUACCACUAGGGAGUUUGUUUUAUCUUCUGUUGACUCGGGUCAACCCGACCACCAAAUCCUGGAUGUCCAGCUGGAAAAUGAGCUGGCAGCUAUAGUUGUAAGGUUUCCAAGAGAGGAGGAUGAUGAAGAGGAUCAUGAUUGUUUUAGCAUGACGGUUAUUCUACCUGGCGGUCAUCAUAGUAUACCAAGAAAAGGAGACCCUUCACCGCUAAUCCAACGGUGGAGAUCUGGUGGCAGAUGUGAUUGUGACGGUUGGGAUGUCGGCUGCAGAUUGAGAAUACUUACUAACAAGGUCCAAUCUCAUAGAAGAUCAAACCCACCUGAAAGUUUUGACCUUUUCCUUCAGGAAGAUGUUACAAACGAGAGACCCUUCUUCAGUCUUUCACCAGUAAAAGAAGGAAUAUUUUCAGUCGACUAUAGUUCAUCAUUACCACUGCUACACGCGUUCUCGAUCUGUAUAUCAGUCAUCGAAUGUAGAAAAUCGUCUCGUUAUACAGAACUCAAAACAUAUGUUGCCAAACAAGUCGAUGAUGACGUGGCUCCUAUAAGCUAUGCUUCACUUCCACUUGUUUCUCCUGUUGGAAGGAUCCAGUUAGAUAUAUAAGGCAGUUGCUGCAUUACUUGCAGCAAUAUUAUGUAAUGAAUGUAUUUGCAUCAUUUCAUGUAAUCAGUUGGUUAUAUCUCCUCAUAAGUAUAGUGGUUGUUAAUUAAUCCAACUUAAUUAAGUCUACCCCUUAAUUCUUCAAUCAA